GAACUCUCCUCUGAGUCGCGGGUAAGCAAGUCCGUAGGCUUGACCGGAGUUUGCCCCCGAGUCUAUUUCUCAUGGUGCGGAGUGAGAACUCCGCCGCCUGAUGCUUCGGGCAUGGAGUGAGAAUUCCACAAUUCCCCUACUCUCACCCGGGAUACCUAAACAGACUCCCCCCCCCCCCUGCCCGGGCGCGAGCAACGUCUCCCAGUGUAGGUAAGCUUCCCCCCGUUUAUAGGGGCUACAGCACUGGAAAGACCGGGUUCCGGAGGCCUUUAGUAGCCCCUCACGUACGAGCUAUACGAACUGGCUUACUGGGGCUGAAGAGGUUAUGGCGGUAGGCCGGCUCCAAGAACUUGACCUACGGGUGGCUCGGCGGCAGGUGGAGGAGUCGAAGAAGCGGGCGAGCCGAAGCCGGGCCCGGCUUCAGAACGGAGGUGAGCUCGUAGCUGCCGAAGCCCACGAGCUUCGGGCCCGGAAAGCCGAGCUUCUAGCCCAGAAGCUCGCAGCCAAAGAAGCCCGGGAGGCUCGCCAGGCUAGAAACCAGGCCCAGAAGCAGCUCCACCAGGCUGGAAUUAAGGCCCGGAAAGAAGAGCGUUUCCGGAAGAAGAGCCUGGCUACUCUUCAGGGAUUAGGCCUCCCAAUUCCUCCGGAAUUAGAGGUCCCAAUUCCUGAUCCAGAAACCCUCGAAAGUGAGGGCGAAUAUGAGAAUGGGAGUGGGAAUGGGAGCGGGAAUGGGAGUGAUCAUGGGAAUGAGGAAAUGAUAAUUUUUUAAAAUGGUGAAAUUUUGUACCUUUACAUACAAUUUACUAUAGGGAGGUACUUAGGACUACAAUUUUUCUCGUGCGCGCACUUCGCUUCCCCUCCAUUUCUCGUGCGCGCGGAUCGCUUCCUCCAACCUUGAGCGAAGCGAAAAGUUGGUUACGACGAUUAUGCGUUAUGCGCGUUGCACUUUACGCGUGGGAGCUUGGACAAUUACAAAAUCGGGUCUCCCAACCGAACAAAGCGCCAACGUAUGCGGGCGAACAGACACGAUACGCCACUCCGACACAGAACUAUCUAUAUUCAAUGGCCCAACAUCAUGGAGCCUUCCUUCAAGAGACAGAGGAUAUCGGCGACGCAAGGACAGCAGCGACACAGCCCGGGUUAUGAUGGCCACAGCAGAUCCUACGACCCCCCCACCUUCCGACAACCUCCCAAUCCGAUCAACAGCGCGAUUUACAACCGCAAUAAUGACUCCACCAAGUUCUACGGGCCAGUUAACGCGCGAGAAGGCCCUGCCAACCCCGAAGAUGCUGAGUUUGACGACGACGAAGAGUCCGGAGAGGAAUUCUACGGAGAGGAUGCUCCAGAAGCCGACCUACAAGCGACGAGGCAGGAGCUCGACAACAAUCUGAAGUCGACAUUCGAGGCUAUCUUUGAGAAGUACGGUAAGGAUUUUACUGGAGUCGGAGACGAAAUCGAUUUGCGAACGGGCGGGAUCAUAGUCGAUAACGGGCAUGUCGCGGAAAUGCAUGCCGAGACUGAUGCUGGGGAAGCUAGGGGCAGGGGAAUGCUGAGAGCAUUCACUGAGGAGCCUAAACACGCACGGCUCCCGCAGGAGGAUGUGGAGGGGUCCGACGCUACGGAUGAUGCGCAUGAAGAUACGGACACGGACUAUCAUGCCCGCGGAAGACAAAUGCUGCGAGCUUUCACCCAAGAACCCGAGUUUGGACGAGAUGAGGACGAGAACGAGUAUGAUGGGGAUACGAGCAAGCUAAAUCCCAUUGAUGAAGACGAGAGCGACGACGAUGAUAUACUCUAUCAAAGCAGUGGUGUUAUCCCUGCAAAAUCUAUGGCGCCGCCUCCCAGGCCACCCAUUUACAAACAAUAUCAACAGAAACCACAGUCUAGGUUUCACGCGCCGAAAUCCGUUCCAAGACAACGACUAUGGAGCACUGGAGCUGUCGACACAUCGGAACCAGACAUCCUCGGGCAGUUCGGCCAGGAGCUUGGCCCGCGAAUCGUCGAAUACGUAUCGAGGCAAAAAUCAGUCGAUGAAGGAAGCAUCGAUCCGAAAUGGCGUACCCCAGCCCUGCCAGCAGCAACGGCAGGAAAAAGGCCAAUUCUCAAGUCCAUGAUUCUCCAACCUGAUAUCGAACGCUCACGCUCGCCAAAUGGAGACUCGUUGUGGGCUCCCCAGAAGAAGCGACGGCGCAGAUGGCGCAAGGCUCAGAUGAUGGAUAAAGGACCCUCUGGGGAAAGCGAGACGGUUCUGCGAGAUCGAACGGUUAUUCCGAGGGAGAAGAUUACGAGAUCGAGUGUGUCUGCGCAAGCAGCUCUCCCGCCCAAGAGUGGCCAGGUUGAUGCGCCACAGAACCCACCACUGCAGGAUUUGGCGUCUGAUAGUGCAGGCCAGAAUGCCGAUGAUGACCCUUUCGGCGACAAUGAGCCAGGUAAUGAUGGUAGCCCCGGAGAUUCUGCAGCCGGAAUUUCUUACAGUCCCAAGCUAGCAAGACGCAAGAACCAAAGGCCCGGAAAAAGUAUAAUGUGUGUCCCGAGGAACAAAUACACGGACGCAGAAGACAAACAGAUACUGGAAUGGUGCAAGUAUGUCUACCACGAGACAGAGUUUGGUUUCUGGGGCGAACCACAUUGGGAGUUGCUGAGCCAAAAGAACCCCAGGCAUAGUGGCACGGCUUACAGGCAGCGUUAUCGCAAGUUCUAUGACCGAAAUGGGGGCCAGCAUCUAUUUCUUGAACUAGGGAUGGCUAGCCAAGACGCCCCUAAAGAUUCGAGCGUGGAACCAGGCCCUCCAACAGACAGUGACGCAACCGUGCGCUCGCCCAGAUUGAAUCAAACUACUGAAGGUCCGCCUUUUGUUGAGCAUACCUUUGCUAAAACUAUGGCGGCGUUCCAGAAAGUAUCCGAUCCUCCGGAGAUACAGCCUAUACCUCCGGCGGAGGGGAGUCCUGUCGAGGGUACACCGAAAGAAGCCGCUGGAAAGCCCCCUCGUGGUGCAACAGCACGCUUUGAGCCAUUCAAAGAACUUCUCCAUAAGCUCUACAUAGUAGAGGGACGCUCCCUAACCAAAGUGAUGAGGAUUAUGGAACUCCAACAUGAGUUCACAGAGAACCAUUCGCAAUAUAGGAAACACUUCAGGGAGUGGGGUUUCAAAAAGACUGGGCAUUGGUGGGAGCAACCAGAGUAUGCGGGGAUGACGUACUUCGAAGCAUUUAACAAGUUUCGAAGAAAAGAGCGAAAGAAAAACAACCAAUUGAGGAAGAUGGCAAUGAAAGGGGUUAUAUUACCAACGCCAGAUCCCGACGAGAUGGAUCAGGUCGAGCCGCAGAACAUAGAGCGGAGAGCGAGGCGAAUGAAGCGUCUAGAGAAGACGGGUCAACUGCCAGCGCUUGAUCACGAUGAGACUGAACAAAGCCUGGCUGAGAUAGGCGACGACCAAGGCAAUGAUGACAGUGGUCCUCUUUUUGAGCGAGGAGAUGACGACCAAAGUUAUAAUGAUCCCGGUCCCAUUUUUGAGCGAGGAGAUUCCUAUGACUUCUCGAAACUUCUCCAGGGGGCAUCGGAUUAUAUCUCGCCAAACUCAGCAACAGCGAUGGAGGGGGAAGACCAAAUGGUUGAGCUUCCCAAGAAUAGAAGCGAACACAACCACAGCCCGGAAAUCAUCUACGCCGGUCGAAGCCUCCGCUCGAGGGUAAUCCCAAAUUCUCAGUCCUCUCAGGAUCUGAUGUCACCAAGUACGAGCCAGGCGAAGCAGGAUAAGGUUACAGCGCCAAUGGAGGCGUUGAGCAGGGAUGCUCUUGAUCCCUCCUAUAUGUUCUCUGACGAAGAGGACGAAGCUGCGCCGGUAGCGCCACAGACUGGCACGUCGGAUCCCCAAACCUCUUCUGCGACAACCGAGUCCCCCAAACCUCAACCUCUGAGUGACUCGGCACCUUUGAUAACACCACCAGCACAAGAGCCGGAUGUCCCAUCUCAAGACACCCCCGCAAAGACGUCACCUGCCAAACAGCGCGAUGCUGUCACGACUUCUGUGGAAAUUAAGGACGAGCCAGAGACUGUUGGUGGCGGGUUAGGUGAUAUCUACUCUCUCCCACGCAGCCCACCACGCCUUCCCACAGCGCCACACCCAGCUACAUCCGGCAGCGGCCUUCGCGUCAUAAUCACACAACCCGACAGCUCCUCACCUCUGACUUCUCCAGCUCGCACCCACACCCCACCAAACACCCUCCCUACCUCCUCCGCCUCCAAAGCUACUCCGAAACGCAGAACAGUGCGUGAAUCAACGCUGCGACGCAGUCAGGCGUCUCUACUAAGAUUAUCAGCUACACCGACGCCUCGACGGAAUCCGCUGGAGAGAUCGACGAGUAGACCCCGCUUUGUGUCUCGGUCGGGGAAGGGAUCGGUGCGCUCGCGCGCGUCUAUGACGCCGCUUUCAAUGCUGGCUGUGCGGUCGCCUUUGCGACAUGACGACGAGGAGAACGAAGAUGAAGAUGGGGGUCAGGAUGUUAUCCAACCUCUGUCCCGGCGCAGUAGGGCCGUUGGGGGUGGGAUGUCAUAUCUUUCGACUCCAAAGGGUGAUGGCGCGGGUGCGUCCGUAACGGGGACACCGUCCCGGCGAGGUGGAAUAAAACAUGGUAAUGAAAUGAAAAGUGAGGAUGGGAAGAUGAUCCAGACGCCCGGUGGUGCGUGGAGGAGGUGCGGAGAGAGCGGGUAUAAAUGUGGGAGGGGGUUUUGCUUUCGGUGCUCUGUUGGUGGGGAGGGGGAGGUUGGUAUGUGAGCAGCAGGUUCUGGCUAGGAGCAGGUGGGAAUUUUGUCGUAGUACCCCCCUGCCGCAUAGGAUAGGGAGGUUGCUAGCUUAUGUCCACAAUCACGCUCUAGAGCGGUUGUCUUCAGGGUUUUACUCAAAAAAAUAGUAAAAAUAAUUAUUCUAACGCUCCAAAUUCAGAUUUUGGGCGGCAUGAGAUCAUCAGAGGAUUGUAAAUGGCCAUUCAAAUAAUUAACAAUAAUUGAUACGCU